UGGCAAAAGAGCAGCAACAGACGGUGUUCUCACUAUACAUUGAAGGUAGUUAGGCGAGGACAAUAGUAUACUUCUGGCUGGAUAUGGAAGACAGUGGAAAAGUUUUAUAUACAUAUAUAAGGUAUUUAUUAGCCACAGACGAGCCCGAGAGUAAAGUUCUAUGCAUUGAAAGACGACAGCAAACAGAAGGAACAAAAGGUAAAAUUCAUUUGGCAAAAGACGAGAAGCCACUGGGGCAGGAUGGAGGCGGCAUCGACUUCCGUUUCCGUCAACACUGCCAUUGAAUAGCACAUCCGCUCUGUUCUUUCUCUUCCCUCUGGCCCCCCAAGACAGAGCAGCUUGGCAGGUCGUUCGACUGCUUAGGGGUUAAUUUGCAAAUAGAUGUACAUGUGCCACAUAAUUAUUACUCUGAGAGUAGACUACUCCUAUAAGCUGAUUGGAAUUCUUGCGAUUUAAUUAUAAAUCUCUUCACCUUCAUCUACCUUCAAGCAGCAGUUGCUUUUAAUUACAUGACUUAGCGUAGAACAACCAUCAAUCCUCUCAUCUUGAGUUUAAUACCAAAACAUAAUUUCAUUUUCCGAGCUGUUCAAAGUGUCAAACGUUUGACAGACUCAGUCAAAGCUGUCUGUGGGUAAUUCUGAUUGCCACACCAAUCCACAGAUAGACACUCAAAAUCACAUAAUUAAUGCAUAGCAUUUUGCGGCUGCACAGGAUGUUACACCUACUCGUAUGCCCUGUGGACCCGUGUGGAUUUGGAAACACUUAAAUGCCAGUGUCAUAAUCUCCCAUAAAAAUUGAUACACGAAGGUUUUACAACAAUUCUCUGGAAAUGUUCAAAUUCUGCUGUAGAAUAUCUGUGGGCUGUGUUGAUGCCACGAGCCAGUGAUUGACACCGAUGGAUUGAUACCCUACCAUUAUGAAACAUUUCCAACCCCGUCAUAUAGUUGCCAUAAGAAAUCGAUCGAUAUGCAAGGGUUAUUAAAGCUUACACCCUCGAAGAAAGUGGUUACUUUCUUGUAUAAGGCUCUCACCCGUAAUCCUAAAAUCAUCCACUCAGUCUACACGCAUUAUCCACAUAAAUUCCGACCACCAAGUUUAGCUACAGUUACAGCCCGAUUCGCAUCGAAAUGAACCACGAGGUGUGUCCGUCAUCCGUCUAUCGUCUUAUCCUGUGAGUUCUGUGAUUUUGACCGACUGAAGCGUAAAGCCUGAAUAAUGGCAGCGCCCACUUCAAUCAUGGAAAUCCUCGGAUGCCUGACCCUGCUGCUCUUUGUCCUGCUCGUCAAGAGCGGCUAUUGCAUAGACUGCUUCAAGUGCAUCUCGUAUAAUGGGGCCAACAAGGCGUGCGACGAUCCGUUCCACAACAAUUACUCCACCGCCAUUCUCGAGUCGCCCUGCAUGGGCGGUCGCAAGGGCCGCGACGGCCUCUUCCCGGCCACGGCCUGCAUUAAGAUCGCCGGCUAUUAUGAUGACACCGGCGAAACGAUAACGGUGCGGGGCUGUGCCCUGGACAGCGGCACCCUUACCACAGACACCGAGUUAAUAAGAAUGUCGCACUGUGGAAAGUUUUACUACGAUAAUAGAUACGUGCAUGGGUGCCUUCAGAGCUGCAGCGAUGCGGAUGCUUGCAACACGGCCACGGCGCAACGGCAUCCAGCGAAGGCGGAGGCGCUAAUGCGGCAUCUGCUUAGCUUCGCGGUUUUGCUGGUGGCAGCUGCAAGGUAGCAAUAGAAGUAGCACAUUGGAGGAACCAUAAGGAUGUGAAAGAAGAGGGGAAAGGGAAACCCCAUAAAAGUUGAGAAGAUAUUGAAAAUGAAGUGUGGGAAAAGCGUGGAAAAUCAUUUAAUAUAAUUCAACUGCGAGUGGAAAUACUUUUUUCCUUUGACUCGGCGACGCCGAUGCACCACUCAUAUGCUCCCUAUCCCAAUAUCUCUACCUGCAUGUCAUCCCUCACCUCUCAAAACUCUCUCAGUGUCUAGGAUUGCACCUUACAAUAAUUGCACCAGAGCCACAGCAACAAGGACAGGCAACAAGGACACGCUCGACACCCGAACCCACAGUCAGCACACAGUGGCAAUGGAGCAUAUUUUUAUGGAAUUCAUCAAGCAAUUAUGUGAUUUAUAAACGAAUACUCAACAACUAUCUUACAAUAAUUGAUGGCGAAACUUGAACUAUGUAUUGUAUUUAGGUAUAUGCUAAGCAUUCGAGAGUCGAAAAUCAAAGGCAGAAAUUCAAAUUCUAAUUGCAAUUAUUUUUAGCUUCUAAGCAAAAUGAAACCUAGAUUUAAAGGCGUGCUGACGCUGCUAAGUUUUCAUCAAAAAUUAAGCGGGGGAAAACGCAAUGCAAAUGUUUUUUCGAUUUAUAUGCGAUGCGUUAGAGUAUUUUUCGCCUCGCCUCCCUAGACGACUAUUGUACAUACAUAUGAAAGAGCAAAUCGAAUUAUUUGUUACAAUGAACGCUGAAUUUUAGGCAGAUUAUAGAUUAAACAAUUUUGUAUAAAUAAAUUAGUGGGAAAAAUCGUGUAAGGAAAACUGCGAACCAGCGCUAACAGAUCUAGAACUCGCCCAAAACUUUGCGCGGAAUAAACAUUGUCAGAUCAAUUUAUCAAUUUACCAAGAAGCAGGGAAAAUAUUUCAAUCAAGUAGGUCAAUUUUAUUUGUAUUUCCUAAUCACAAAGUACUUUUCACCAAUUAAAGAAAAACAAGUGAAUUCCGGCCCUGCACACCUUAAAUCAAGCCAUAAAAUCCACUGAUAAAUGACACAAAACGUUGUUUAUAGGGUUUUCAAUGUGUGGUAGACACCAAUCCGUCCAUUGUUACCGCUUUUCUAAGGCUAUCGCUGCCGGUCUGCUUUCAUAUAUUGAGUCACCACACUCAAAGAAACCAUCAUCGUUUUAUACCCAGAAGAUACAUUUUCUACAUAUCAAAUGAACAAUUUAAAAAAAAGAAAAUGUGGUUACUUAAGUUGAAGUCUAUUAUCAAUCAUUCUGUCUUCAACUAUGUGAAAUGUACUCCGCUUUUUAAAUUACUUCCACAUUUUAAACUUAAAUUUAACAUACAGAAUGUAAGGAAAAUGUCUGAUUAGAAAUUCUUUUCAGAGUUCCCG